AUGGCUAAACAUAAGUCUUCCAGAGAUACUUUGCAAGUAUCUAGAGAUACAGAUACAAAAUUUAAUGACCCUAGUUUUCGCCAUGAAUGCGUAUUACCUUCCUUUAGUGACGAAUCGGAUUUCGUACGUUUUUUUCAAAGGUUUACAUUUGCAAUUAGAAAAAUAGAGCGGCGGACUCUUUCUAAAUUCGAAUAUGAUCAGGCGUCAGGUAAAUUAUUUUUAAAUAGCGAAGAUACAUUGAGAGCUCGUAUUGCUCUGGACUCUCUGCAAUUGUUGUUAUAUGCCAAAAAACAGAACCAUUCCAGCAAGAGAGCUCCGAAGAAAUUCUCAGAAGGCAAGAAAAAAGUUUAUAAUCUUCAGGAGAAUCUGGAAGUAAACAAAAACAAACGUGAGAAAGCCCUAUUAAAAAAACUAUAUCAAGAGUUGGAUUUAUCGUUGGCGUUUCCAUGUGAGGGAUCGUUUUUAAUUCCAUUUGAUGACUUUGAUGUCUACGAAUAUUUCGGAGGAGAAUCUUUGGUAUUUUUGAACGCAAUUCGUAUCAGAUUUCGAUGCUACAUUGAUUACUCUCCAAAUUUAUCCCUUAUACAUAUUCGUUGCCAAAAUCCUUCAAGUCUCAAACAGGCGUUGCACCAUGUGAAAUUGUUUUACUUUGAACAGGCAUCCUAUCAUCGUCUGAAAAGGUCACACCUCAACUUGCAUGUACUUGAUUUAAAUCAUACCUGUUCGAAUUUGAAAAUAUUUUAUGAUCGGGAGUUCGUUCUGUCGAGGAAGUUCCUUCCUAAUCGUAUCCAUUUACGAGGAAUUCCUUCUCUUUCUUCUUCUUCCGCGGAAUCAUUGGAAAAGAUUCGUAACGAUAAUGUUCAAACCAUAAAGAAUUACACCUUAGCCUCAAUUUUCAACGUUUAUUUGUAUAUUGGGGUUAUUUUCAUGCGAGUCAAAGUUGGUGUUCCAUUAUUUGAGAGGCUAAAAAUUGGGGAAAAUGAAACCAACACCAAUUCGAUACAAGAUGCAUCUAAAAUUUUGCUGGAAAAACAAACCAAAUCUUCCUUUCUUAGAUAUUUAGCACCUAAUGAUGUUUCCGAAAGGAUUCUUUCUUCUUUGGAGUCAAUUAAAGACAUAAACGGAAAGCAAGUAUUUGAAGCAUUCGGAACAGAUCCUCUUAUUGUUGCUCAUUUUACGCUAACUGACAUUCAUAAUUCUAAAAAGAUACUAACUGCAGUUUGGGAUAAGCCAGUCGGACGACCCAAUAUUUGGUAUGUUGAAAGCAGCAUGAAGGAUACUCUGAGUAUCGUGCAUUGUAAUCUGAAUUCCCUUUCCUGGAACCUUAGCAUCAAAUAUGGGGAGCAUUUCAAUGAUUCUAAGGCCUACGGCAGUUUUGCGUCUUCAAUUAUAAUGGAUAAUAAAGAUCGGAUUUACUUCUUAAACACUGCUGAGGUUUUUGUCGAAACUGUUGCUGUGAAGCUGAAAAACAAAUUUUAUCACGUGCCCUCUGGUUAUCAUUUUCAUUUGUCUCGCUUUGAAACUCAUUCAUUGGGAAAAAAUACAUAUAUAGAUUCUGAUACGCAACCAGGAAUUCAGGUAUAUCGGAUUGGUCAAGACACUUCCUUGCUCCGUUAUGGCCUAUCAUUCUGGGACUCCAACUGGGAUCGCAUUUUUGCGGAGAAUCAGCAAAGAUCCUCUGGAAGUCCUCCUACCUACAAGCCAACCCUUCAAACAUUUUUUCCAGAAGGGAUCGAGGCAUUCAUUUUUCAUUCUCAGUCUAUUGUUUCACAAGUGGCCACUCUCGCUAAUCAGCUCAACGACAAUCAUAAUAUAUUUGAGGCGGAUAAUUCUGUAAGUGCCUCUAUAGUUUAG